CCCCAGCUGGGCCCACGUCCACCCAACUCAUUCAUCCUCUUCCGAUGCUGGUACGUGAAGGUGCACAAGGGCGAGGACGCAGAGGAAGAAGCGGCCGCUGCCGCUGCCGCCGCCGGCCGCCGCCGCGGGAGGCCCGCGCCCGUCGUCGCCCCGAAGCCGACGCUCUCGAAGCGGGCGAGCGACGAGUGGAACCUGUUCACGAAGGAGCAGAAGGCGCCGUGGUUCACGCUCGCGAAGCGCGAGCUCGAGGAGCACAUGCGCCGCAACCCCGGCUACGCCUUCCGCCCCAACAAGAAGACCCGGAGCACGACCGCCCGC